AUGGACGACUUCAUUGGUGGUGCCAAUAACGUUCGCGAAGUUGUUCAGCUGCGUAAGGAGUUAUCAGCACUACUUGCCAAAGGUGGGUUUGAGUUGCGCAAGUGGACAUCAAACAAUCUGAGCGUUCUUUCCGGCUUAAGCACCGAGCAUAUCGGCACACACUCAUCGCUGCAUUUUGUACCCAACGAGACGGUCAAAGCACUCGGCAUCUCUUGGAAGCCUGAAUCGGAUGAGCUGUGUUUUGAAUCCAACACUGAGGCUGAUGAAGCCACGUCGACCAAGCGAUCUAUUAUGUCGAGCAUUGCCAAAAUGUACGAUCCACUCGGAUUGAUAGCUCCGGUGAUCGUGCGUGCUAAGAUGCUGAUGCAGGAGCUAUGGCUACUCAAAUCCGGCUGGGAUGAACCUGUUCCUAAUCACAUCUGUAAAAAAUGGAAGGCGAUUCAGAGCGACUGGAAAACGUUAUCCGAGUACAGGACUAACCGUUACGCUCUCUUACCAGAUGCAACAGUAGAAUUUCACACAUUUACCGAUGCUUCUGAGGCCGCCUACGGAGCAUGUGUCUACGCUCGUUGUGAAAACGCGGCGGGAGAAGUCCGCAUCAGCCUAUUAGCUUCGAAGUCUCGAGUGGCACCACUGAAGCGCGUCACGUUGCCGAGGCUUGAACUAAGCGCAGCUGUCCUGGGCGCCCAUCUGCAUCAUCGCGUCAAGGAGGCAAUGCAGAUCGUGUGCGCCGAAUCGUUUUCUGGUCCGACUCAACAGUGA